GGGCGAGAGUGAUUGUAAGGUGCACAUGAAGGCCCCAGACACCGAAUUGUCGGAAGGUGGCGCUGCUUCACCCGACAGCCGUAAGCGCAGUCGAGAGUCAUCGGAUGAGCCGCGACGCACGCACCGAAAGACCGAAACGCGUGUGCUUUAUUCGGAUGUGAUGGCUCAGGAGCGCGAAAUGGAGCGUAUCAACUACGAGAAGAGUCGCCACCAACACUCUUCCCCCAUGCAGUUGCGUAAAGGUGAGACGGUCGAGUCUCCUGCAAAGCACUUGAAGCAAAAGCGUGCCGAGGAGCGACGCUCUAAGCGCCAGAAGCUGCGCCGCAACAUGAGUCCGCGCUCCCCCGACGGUGGCCCACAGCUGGCGCUGCGAGGCGGCGUGUCGCUCGUCAAACUGGAAGGAGAUGGAGCACAGCCGCAAUGUAAACGCCGUUUUGCUCGAGACGAAGACGCCAUCCAGGACGCGAUGUUGCACUCAACAGCUUGGCGCAAUCUAAAGUUCGCCGAGGCGCCUCUUAACUUGCUUCCGGAUCGUGAGGGCGUCUCCGAGCCUUUUGCACUUGAUUUCGACGCCCCAUUGGAGGAUUUUGAUGUCGAAUUGAAGCAGAAAUGUGCCGUAUCGACCGCGUUCUUGAAGCCUAAGCCGCUUACCAUGAUGUCCGGGACCCGCGGAGAGGCCAAAGAAGAGCUGCAAGUGGAGGAUCGCGUUAAACAACUGAUAGAAGAGGCCACACCGCUUGUUAAAAAGUGCCAUGCCCAUCGAGCCAACGCAAUAAUAACAAAAACGCGGAAGCAGAUCGCGGCGUAUGUAGAGCAACGACCACAGCUGCGGGAAAAGGCGUGUGCGAUAACCGGAUUACCGCUGCACAUUUCCCGGUUAGAGAAGGUGGCAGCGCGGAGACUUCUCCGAGACGACGAGUUCCCCCCGGAAGGUGUAAUUCGUCCUCAUUAUUCGUUGGGGAGAACCGAGGCUGAUCAUUCCGGACACGUGUACCCCGAACUAGUGACGUAUCUCAGUAAGAUUGCGUCGAUCCCGCGCUCUACGACGUGCAUGCUCGCGUGUGGCACACAUCGUGUCGAAGAUGACCCUAUUAUUCGCUUUGUGCCGUAUUUCAGCGCAACUAAUGCCAAGAAUAAGGCGCCGCAGUUCUCCAGCAUGGAAGCUCGCAAAGAUACUCUUGUGGGAAUGGAUAACGAGGUCAACGAGUACGUGUUGCGGUACGUUGUGAAUGCGUGUGGAGGAGAUCAGGCUGUUUUCGAGGCGCUUCAGAGCUGUGGAGCCUUCACGCAGCCAUUUGCCAACUAUUCCGAUAUUUUGGAACGUGUUACUCGAGAGAGAUUGUACAAGAAGCACUUGCAGGAGCUGGAAGACCAGCAAAGCAGUAAUGAGACAAUGGCUACUCUUCUCAAGGAGUGUUUCGCUGCACGAACGGGGGCACAUCUUCGUGGACGCUUGCAGCCACUCCCAGGUCAUUUCCGAGAACUCGUGGUUAAGUAUCAAGAUUUCUUCUGCCGUCGCUGUUGUACAUACAGUUGUCGGAAUCAUGGUCGAGAGCAGCCUGUCCCGGUCGUUCGUGUCGAUCCAAGCUAUCCAGUGGUGAAGGCUGCUACGAAGCUGUGGCGACGUCAAACUCCCGAAUCCGACCACCCAACGUCCGAACUCACACCCGCUGUUGGAAACGCUGACAUCGACCAGAAGACUGCAGCUGAUAACGCCGCUAGCGAGGGUGCAUCGAACCGAAGGUCUUUGCGUGCCCAAACGGCUGCGAGCACCAAGGCGUCGUCAAAGCUGAGUGCUGUUCGCUUGAGAAAGCUGGUUCGCUCCAAGACCUCGGACGUGUCGGAGUAUCUGGGCUUUGACGGCAUUUAUCAGUCACUUACGCAGGAUAGGAAGACAGAACUGUUAUCUGCUGACAUGCGGUGCGGGCCUCACUGCUCUAAACCAGACAAGCAGUGGGAAGGCGCGGAAAUUGCUCUGCUGGAUAAGCUGGAGAUGUGUGUUGGUCCCAACUCGUGCGCUUUAGCGGCGUUGAUUGUCACACGAAGCUGCACUGACGUCGCUAAGUUUCUCCGAGAGCGUGACAGUAGACCAGACGAUGGACUAAGCCUAUCUCGGGGUGGUGCGUACGGACGGAAUCGCGAGAGAUCAAAUGGAGUGCUUGGCAACAGCUUCGAACAUCUGCGACGCACGCGCUCCCAGCGAAUGAAGGACCGUGGAGCGAAUCACGAGUACGUUCCGUGCCACCAUGACGGCGGCUCGUGUGACUCGGCGCAGUGCUCAUGCAUGCGUCGCGAUCACUAUUGUGAAAAGUCUUGUGGCUGCUCUCUGGAUUGCUCGAAUCGUUUCCCGGGCUGCCACUGCGAAGUGGGUCAGUGUCGAACCUCUGAAUGUCCGUGCUAUUUCGCCGCGCGGGAGUGUGAUCCUGACGUCUGCACGUCGUGCGGUGCCUGCGAGCUUCCCGUGAUUGUCGCUGAUGAGGAAAGCAAGGGCAAAACUGUUGCUCAGCUCAAAACCUGUGGGAAUGUCAACAUCAUGCGUGGCCAGAUGCGUAAAAUCGGAGUUUCUGCUUCGGAAACUCAUGGAUGGGGAGCGUACGCCAUGGAGAGCGUCAAGCAGGGCGAGUUCCUGUACGAGUACACUGGCUCGCUCCUGUCUCAAGAUGAAGCGGAACGACGUGGCAAUGUCUAUGACAAGACGACGAUCAGUUUCCUGUUCGAUCUGACCGAAGACUCCGUUGUGGAUGCGACGCGGAAGGGCAACAAGAGUAAGUUUGCGAACCACGACUCGGACGCCCCCAAGUGCUUCGCUAGGAUCAUGCUGGUGAAUGGAGACCAUCGCAUCGGCAUUUACGCCAAGCAAGAUAUCGCGACUGGGGACGAAUUGUUCUUCGAUUAUGGCUACAGUGGAGUUAUUCCGGACUGGAGCCAAGCGCGCAUCGGAUCCAGUAAGGAUACUGCAUCUGUUGAGGAGGACAGCGACAACAAAUCGAGCUCCGUGGAAGUCAAGGAAGAGUAAAAGCUGGCUUUCGGUAGAAAUUGGUUGUAAUCUCGCCAAAUUUCAUGUUGAAGCGAAUCAAACAAUUUUCUUCGUA